AUGGGUGAACGUACAUGCAUAAGAGAUGUUGCAACAUGUUUAGACUUGGCACCAACAAAGGUUUGGCGAUUGAUACGAAGGGGGGAGAUUAAGGCACAUUCAAAUCCAUUACACCCUUAUUUAACGGAUGCAAACAAGGCGAGAAGGGUUGAGUGGAUUUUAAGUCUCAUUCAAGAAGAUACAAUUCAUCAUCAUCCAAUGUAUAAAGGUAUGUAUGACUUCAUACAUAUUGAUGAAAAAUGGUUUUACUUAACCAAGAAGACACAAAGAAUUUAUCUAGCACACAAAGAAAAAAUUCCAUAUAGGGCGAAAAAGUCAUCAAAAUUCAUUCCAAAAGCCAUGUUUUUAGGUGCGGUUGCAAGGCCUAAAUGGAAUCAAUAUGGCCAAUGCACAUUUGAUGGGAAAAUCGGAAUUUUCCCUUUCGUAAGUAGGGUUGCAGCACAAAGAAAUUCAAUUAACCGUCCAAGGGGGUCUAUAGAAAUUAAACCAACUGAUUCGGUUACUCAGGAAGUUUAUAGGAGCAUGCUCAUAGAACAAUUAAUUCCAGCAAUUCUUAGAAAAUGGCCAAGUGAUGGUCCAUCGAUAAUUUUCAUCCAACAAGAUAAUGCAAGGGUUCACAUAACAAAUGAUGAUCCAAUUUGGCAACAAAACAACAGGCAAGGGGCUUUUACAUUCAUUCUAACUCAACAACCACCAAAUAGUCCCGAUUGUAAAAUAUUAGAUUUGAGUUUUUUUAGGAGCAUACAAUCACUUAUGCAUAAGAAAAUUCCAAAGAACAUGAAAGAGUUAAUAAAAGCAGUGGAAGAUGCAUUCGAAGAGUUACAUCCAAAGACUUUAACCAAUGUUUGGAUUUCAUUACAACACCACUUAAAUGAAAUCCUAAAGGUUAAAGGGUCUAAUGACUAUGUUCAGCCACACCUAGGGAAGAAAGUUCAAGAAGACAAUGGAAAGUUACAAAUACAAGUGCGAGUACCAUCACAAUUGGUUAGGGAAUGUGUACGUUUCCUUAACCCAAGCACAAAUCAGCAAGGCACACAAACAGAAAAUGAAGAUGCUGCACAACAUAAUCAACAAAUACUUGAAGCAUAUGAUAAAGCAGUGGAAGAAUCUCAAAGAUUAUUAUAA